AUGGCAUGUUCAUCUUUGAGUGGGGUUCCUGCAAAAGUAUCGAAACAGGAACGAGCGAACUGGGGGAGCCAGGUCGAAUUUAUCCUUACAUGUGUCGGAUUUGCUGUCGGAUUAGGAAAUGUUUGGAGAUUUCCUUAUUUAUGUUUCAAAAACGGUGGAGGAGCUUUCCUCAUUCCUUACUUCAUAUGUAUGGUAAUUAUUGGCAUACCAAUGUUUUACCUGGAGUUGUGUCUUGGUCAGUUCUGCAGUCUUGGACCACUAAAGGUUUGGAGGAUAAAUCCAUUAUUUAAAGGUCUCGGGCUUGCUAUGAUAAUUGUAUCAGCAUUAGUUGCUAUAUAUUAUGCAGUAAUUAUCGCUUACUGUUUAUACUUUCUUGUUGCAUCAAUGCAAUCGGAGGUACCAUGGAAGUACUGCGAUAAUAACUGGAAUACGUGUGACUGCAGAGAUGGGAAUCAGAACGAAUCAUUGAUAGAUCCAUGGAAUGGAACGAGACCUGAAUGCUUGAAUAUGACAUACACCCACACUAAAUCAGCAAGCGAUGAAUAUUUCAAUCACAAAGUAUUGGAAAAGACGAGUGGUAUGGACGAUAUGCAGGGGGUCAAGUGGAAUCUUACUCUGUGUAAUUUGUUUGUUUGGUUACUUACUUUUAUUGUUUUGUCAAGAGGCAUCAAGUCAUUAGGCAAGGUUGUAUAUUUCUCAGCUAUAUUUCCUUAUAUAUUAUUGACAGCCCUACUUAUUAGAGGACUACUUCUGGAAGGUCAUAUGGAAGGAAUUAAUUUCUAUUUGACCCCUGAUUGGAGUAAACUGUCGGAAGCGAGUGUAUGGAGUGAUGCCGCAGUACAGAUAUUUUACUCCCUUGGUACAUGUCAGGGAGGAUUGAUUGCUAUGGCAAGUUACAACCAGUUCAAAAACAACACGCUUAGGGAUUCCCUUUUGAUUCCAGUAAUAAACUGUCUGACAAGUUUUUAUGCAGGCUUCGUCAUCUUCUCUGUCCUUGGUUUUAUGGCUCAUAAGAAAAACACGUCAGUGGAUCAGGUUGUAGAUGAAGGCCCGGGUUUAGCGUUUGUGGUGUAUCCUGAAGCCCUGGCACAAAUGCCGAUAUCACCUCUAUGGGCUGUACUGUUCUUCAUAAUGAUGAUGACGCUUGGAUUCAGUUCCCUGUUUUCGAUAACAGAGACAGUAAUUACCGGCCUUGUGGACCAAAUGGGAGAUUUUGUAGAAAAAUCAAGUCGUAGACUUUAUAUAUUUAGAUUUUGCAUUUGCGCCAUAUUUUUUCUCCUUGGACUACCAAUGACUACAAAGGGAGGAAUGUACAUAUUGAAUCUAUUAGACAAAUCAGUCGGAGGUUUCCCUUUGUUGGUGGUAGGGUUUGUGGAACUUUUGGUCAUAAUUUACAUCUAUGGUUACCUGCGGCUGAAGUCUGAUAUAGAAAUGAUGCUUGGUAGAGGGAUACCAGUCACCAUAGGUUUCUUUUAUUUCGCUCCCACCUGGUGCUUCAUAGCACCUAUUGCUUUGUUGGUUGUGAUUGUAUUGAAAGCAUUACAAUGGAAGCCGUACACAUUAGAUGACUAUGUUUAUCCUGAUUGGGCAACAGCUCUGAGCUGGUUAAUUGUUGCCUUCCCUAUUGUAUUCAUUCCAGCAUGGAUAUUGUACUACUGUGCUUGCAGAGAUAAAAGAAAUCUUUGUCAUCCAAAGGCAAACUGGGGCCCUGCAUUUGAAGAAAACAGGACUGGUAUAUAUUCCAAAGAUUUGACUUCCUUUUAUCAGUCUCCAGUGGCAUCUACUGUCUUGGAAAAUGAUGGAUACAAGUUUGUUAGAAAAGACACGAAUGAAGUAAACAAGACAAAUAUAUAUCAGCCAUAUUCAGAUCCUCCUGUCAUGGCAAAUUUCGAAAGUCGGACAGAUUCAUCUUAUGACAACAAAAGUUAUGUUCAUGAUGUAUUGGAAUCUACAAAACUCUAAUGAAAAUUUUAUUGUAUCAUGACAUAAAAUAAUGAUGCUAUGUAAACAUGGAAAGUUUGAUAACCUUAGUGUUGUGAAUGUAAUAUUUAAACAAAUUCCGAGCAUUGUUGAAGACACUUUCAUUAUGGAUAUCAAGGAAUUAAGACAUAGAACAAACCAAAUACUUUGUCAAUAUAAUAUGUUUAAAUAAUAUAAUAUACAUACAAUUUAAUAUAUUUGCCAUAAGUAAUAGAGAAUAAUGGGCAAAUAGUGCAGAAUAAAGGGAUAAGAAAUAAAGAAUAGAGAAAAGCAGGCAAAAAAAU